CUCCCCUCCCUGUAGAGGAUCAACACCAUGCAGCUGAAUUUCAGCGGCCUGAGGGCCCUGGUAACAGGGGCAGGGAAAGGGAUUGGCCGGGACACUGUGAAAGCCCUGCAUGCCUCAGGAGCCAGCGUGGUGGCUGUGAGCCGUACAGAUGCUGACCUAGUCAGCCUCUCCAAAGAGUGUCCCGGGAUAGAGGCUGUGUGUGUGGAUCUAGGCAACUGGGAAGCCACAGAGCAGGCGCUGGGCAGGGUGGGAGCUGUGGACCUGCUGGUCAACAAUGCUGCUGUGGUUCUAAUGCAACCCUUCUUGGAGAUCACCAAGGAGACCUUCGACAGGUCCUUCAAUGUGAAUCUGCGUUCUGUGGUUCAAGUGUCCCAGAUUGUAGCCCGGGGCAUGAUCGCCAGAGGAGUACCAGGAUCCAUUGUCAACAUCUCCAGCAUGGUGGCGCAUGUAACUUACCCCAACCUGAUCACCUACAGCUCCACUAAGUCUGCAAUGACCAUGCUGACCAAAGCAAUGGCCAUGGAGCUGGGGCCCCACAAGAUCCGAGUGAACUCUGUGAACCCCACGGUGGUGCUGACUGCUAUGGGCAAGAAAGUCACGGCGGACCCUGAGUUCUCCCGAAAGAUGAAGGAGCGCCAUCCUCUGAGGAAGUUUGCAGAGGUGGAGGACGUGGUCAACAGCAUCCUCUUCCUGCUCAGCGACCGCAGCGCCUCUACCACGGGCUCGGGGAUCAUGGUGGACGGCGGCUACCUGGCUUCCUAGGACCUCGCUGGAUUGGGGGCCUGUGGGGUACCCCGCUAGCACCCACACAGACGCUGACUGGCCCCGCCCACACGCUCGUGCAUGCGCCACCCUCUGCUAUCGCUAAGGCCCCACUGCACCCCAGGCCUUGCCUAGACCCGCCCUCUUGGAUGACGUCCCACCCUGGCUCUAUCCCCUCAGGCCCCACCCCCGCCUACACACACACACACCUCCAACCAGGACCCUGUCCACCUGCUACUCCCCUCCUCCCUCACCCCGUCCACACCCGGUGACCACCCCCCAUCUUGGAUGUCCCUGCUGCGAACAGACAUAAAUAAAUGGACGCCAUUGUUUGGUACCAACGUGAA